AUGGAACUUCGUUCAUCAGAAAAAGAAAACAAUAAUAUAUAUACGGUUCCUAUUGAUAAUCUACAGAAAACAAAUGGCGAUUUUGCAACUGAAACUGAUUUUAUGAAGGACGACGAGAAUAACGAAUCAGAUUAUAUAGAUUAUGAAGCAGAUUCAAGUUUAUCAAAUGAUAAUGAUCCAUCAUCAUAUUUUUCAAGUAAUCGUAAUGAAACUAUGAAUUCGAUAAAAGACAUUAAGAAAUCAUAUGCAUUAUUCAUUUUACAACUACGUGAAGAGUUUUUAUUACCAAAAAAUGUGACAAAUGUCAUUUCUACAUAUAUUACUUCAUUAAUUAAUAAUAUUCAAAUAUUAUUAGAAAAAAAAGUAUUUGAUUUUGCUGAAGAUAGCAAUUUAUUUCCACCAUCAUCUAUUUCUCGAAAUGAACUUCGAAAAUUUAUAGAUUUUAAUCAAUUAAAACUCUUAUUUGAUGAUGUUUGUAAUGGAAUUGAUUCUAUAACGAAAAACGAAUACCAGUUUACUAAAUAUUGCGAAGAAUAUUUUAACUUUACUUCAGUACAAGAAAUUCCUAUUUUAUCUGCUGGUGGUGAUUCUGAUUCUGGUUAUUUUAUCCCAAUUGAAAAUAGUUUAUCGUUAAUACUCAGUUCACAGCAAUUGUGUCAUGAAAUUCUUGGAAAUAUUCAUAAACAACAAACAUUAACAAAUUUGGAUAAUGAUCUUAUGUUCUCAAUUAGAGAAAGUCAUCAUGGUUUAGCAUUAGAUAAUGAUUAUUUACUAAUUCAACUUUAUCUCGACGAUAUUGGAUUGACGAAUCCAUUGGGAUCGAAACGUGAUAGGCAUAAGAUGAGCAUGAUUUACUUCACUCUUGAAGAUAUACCAGAUAAAUACAGAUCAAAGCUUGAUUUUAUACAGCUUGUUGCUAUUUGUGAAAGUAAAAUUCUGAAGAAUCUUUUUGGUUUAUUUGAGGAUACUCUCAUUCAAAGUCGAACGAUAUUUGAUCAUGAUUCAAUAGUUCAGCAGAUUUUAAAUGAUCCAAAUGAAUCUCCUAUCAUGGGUGUAGUUGGUGAAAGUCCUUUACAUAAUCUUAUUGGCUUUCAUUCAAGCACAUCUUUACCUGCUGGCUGUGUGCACGAUUUUCUCGAGGGGCUGUGCCCAAUGGUGAUAAUGUUACUUUUAAAAGAAGCUUCAUCAAUACGGCUUAUGACUCAUGGUGAGAAUCAAUUCUUUAAUUGGAAUUAUCAUCACUCUAAAUAA